AUGGGACGAUUUGCCCAACAGGAGAGUCCGUCAUCAUCAGACAAGCCAAAUAGAAAUAAAAAAGAAUCGGUACAUUUCCAAUCAGACAGCUUUGACGAUGAAAUCUCGAAUUCGCCGUCUUCAUCAUGCUCAACUGUCGGGGAUUUGCCCAAUUUAAAGUAG